CGCCGGCGGCUCGCCAGCGCACCAACCCGCUCGGCGCUCCAGGCUCGGUGCUGCCGCCAUCUUCCCGGAGGAAAGGGCAGCGGCGAGGGCCCCUCCCGCCACCGCUCCGCACGGACACCGCCACCUCCCGCCCCGCUCCUCCGGCCCGCCGUGACCCCUCGCCUUCUGAGAAAGCGCCCUUGCCCCACCUCUAGCUGCCCACCAGGCGAAGAAUCUCGUUACCUGUUCCACUCUUACUAGCGUGAGGAAACCAGGCUCAUAAGAUAGAGGAAAACAAUCAAGAAAAAUGUCUAAGCAACAACCAGCUCAGUUUAUAAAUCCAGAAACUCCUGGCUAUGUUGGAUUUGCAAAUCUUCCCAAUCAAGUUCACCGAAAAUCAGUGAAAAAAGGUUUUGAAUUCACACUGAUGGUGGUUGGUGAAUCCGGUCUAGGAAAAUCAACUCUCAUCAACAGUCUAUUCCUGACUGAUCUCUACCCGGAAAGGAUUAUACCUGGAGCUGCAGAGAAAAUUGAAAGAACUGUCCAGAUUGAGGCUUCAACUGUUGAAAUUGAAGAGCGGGGAGUCAAGCUACGCCUCACGGUCGUAGAUACCCCUGGCUACGGGGAUGCCAUCAACUGCAGGGACUGUUUUAAGACAAUUAUCUCAUAUAUUGAUGAGCAGUUUGAACGCUAUCUGCAUGAUGAGAGUGGCUUGAACAGGCGACAUAUCAUUGAUAACAGGGUGCAUUGUUGCUUCUACUUCAUUUCACCUUUUGGACAUGGACUGAAGCCCUUAGAUGUUGCAUUUAUGAAAGCGAUACACAAUAAGGUGAACAUUGUGCCUGUCAUCGCAAAAGCUGAUACUCUCACUCUGAAGGAACGGGAGCGGCUGAAGAAAAGGAUUUUGGAUGAAAUUGAAGAACAUAGCAUUAAAAUCUAUCAUUUACCUGAUGCAGAAUCAGAUGAAGAUGAAGAUUUUAAAGAGCAGACUAGACUGCUCAAGGCCAGUAUCCCAUUCUCUGUAGUUGGAUCCAACCAGUUGAUUGAAGCUAAAGGCAAGAAGGUCAGAGGGCGCCUCUAUCCUUGGGGUGUUGUGGAGGUCGAGAACCCAGAGCACAAUGACUUUCUGAAGCUGAGAACAAUGCUCAUCACCCAUAUGCAAGACCUCCAGGAAGUGACACAGGACCUUCACUAUGAAAACUUCCGUUCUGAGAGGCUCAAGAGAGGUGGCAGGAAAGUGGAGAAUGAGGACAUGAAUAAGGACCAGAUCUUGCUGGAAAAGGAGGCUGAGCUCCGCCGCAUGCAGGAAAUGAUUGCCAGGAUGCAGGCGCAGAUGCAGAUGCAGAUGCAGGGUGGUGACAGUGACAGCGGGGCCCUGGGGCAUCACGUGUGAGGCGAUCCUUGUGUGUUGAAACACUCUUGGAUAAAAUGAGCGAUUCCAAAUGAGUGCCACCGCUGUGUCUUCGCUGGGUCCCUUGGCAGGGUGCCUCUACAAAUUUAAGUGCCUGCAUCUGACUUUUUUAACCAACUUUUGAUGUAUUUUUGUAUGAAGUGCUUUUAACACUUAUAUUUCAUUGCUGUUACACUCUGUAUUUACUUUCUUCCUCCUUAACUAAUCACCAGUGUUACUAUAACUCAUUUCUAAGAAUCACUCAUUGUGUGUAGCUAAUACUGAAUUUCUUUAUGUUAGCUGGCCUAGCUAAUCAUUGGUGACUACUUUCAAUUUAUAUCUAGAAGACUGAGAUUUAAUCCAAAAUGUUCCUGCAUGAUAGGCAUGUACUCUGACAGAGAGAAGAAUAUGUAGUCUUGGUGCCAGGCCAUUUUCUUCUUACUAAAUCUUACUCUGUGGAGACUCUAAAUUGUCCUUGGUUUUAUAUUGUGCACAACACCUAAGACCAGUUUUGCUGCUAUAAUUCAAUACUGUUAUUUCUCCUGCACAUUUACUUACCUGUUUACCAAGUAGAACUGAAGUGUCUAAUGAGACAUGUGUUUGCUUACCAGGCUUUUAGUUGUGAAUUUUAAGAGCUCUGUAUUCUGAUGCUAGAUCACUUAAAAACCAUUCGUGCAGA